CGAAGGCACUAUAGGAGAGAGAGAGAGUUGAAAGAAGUGACGGCGGCCACGCCGAAGAAGCGCGAGUGUACUAGCAUCGUUGUAUGUGUAAAACGUUAAUGUCGAAUUUUCGCGCUGAUUAUUGUGUUAUCGUUGAUAUCAGUGAGUGACUCCGUUAAAUCCGGCUAAUUCACAGCUGGUGAAAAUGGCGUCCGAUGAGGAAGUUGAUGAAAAUUAUGCGGGAGAAGAUGAUGUAGAAGAAUCAAGUGGUCCAGUGGCGAAAGUUGGCCAAGUCGAUGGUUCCUCCGAUGCUGAAGAAUCUCAGCGUCAGGUAAAUGAGGAAGAUGACGAUUACGAGCCGGAAGAGAGAAAAAAGAAGAAGGGAAAGAAACGAAAAGCACGAAGUGAAGACAAGAAGGGGAAGAAAAAAAAGAAAAAGAAAAAAUCUGAUUCUGGCGACGAAAGCGAUUUUGGUGGUGGAGACAAUGCAGAUGUGGCAGGUGAUGAUAGUGAUUUUGCGAGUAAUCAAAAAAGUAGAAAAUCAUCAUCGCGAAAAUCAUCGAGUCACAAUACAUCAUCGGCUGCACAAAGUCAAGAACCAUCAACGGGAAUGCCAACAAUUGAUGAAGUUUGCAAUACAUUUGAUUUAACUGACGUACAUAUCGAUUAUUCGGACACGGAUUUUCAAAAUUUAACCACGUACAAAUUAUUUCAACAACACGUUAGGCCUCAUUUAAUUAAAGAAAAUCCCAAAGUACCAAUGUCAAAGCUUAUGAUGUUGGUCGCUGCAAAAUGGAGGGAUUUCUCUGAAAUGAAUCCGCACACACAGCCUGAAGUUGAAGUAUCGUCUGGUAAUUUAGAGGAGGAGAAUAUUAAACCAACGAGGUCGAGUCGUGGAACAGUUGCACAAGAAGUUGAAGAUGACGAUGAUGACGAAGAGGAUAGUGAAUUUUAUAAACGUAAAUCACGUGGUUCACGAGCUAGAAAGGGCAAAAAAGCAUCGAAAGUUCCAACAUUGAAAAUUAAACUUGGAAAACGUAGACGAGCCAGUUCUGAUGAGGAAAUAGAGAAUGCAAGUGCGGGAUCAAUGCGAGAUUCCGAUAUGGAAUUUGAGCAAAUGAUUGCCGACGAUGAGCCAGCAACUGAGGGAAGCACAAAAGGUGCCGAGGAAGCUAGUGUUGAACCACCGGCCGAUCCGCCAGUUCGGAGAAAGGCGAAGACAAAGAUUGGCAAUAAGAGCAAAAAGAAAAAGAAGACGAAAACAACAUCGAAAUUCCCGGAUGGAGAGGAAGGUCUCCAGACUGACCAUCAAGAUUAUUGUGAAGUCUGUCAACAAGGUGGUGAGAUUAUUCUUUGCGACACUUGUCCAAGAGCUUACCAUCUUGUUUGUCUUGAACCGGAAUUGGAGGAGACUCCUGAGGGCAAAUGGAGCUGUCCUCACUGUGAAGGAGAAGGUGCAGCUGAAGAUGACGACGAACACAUGGAAUUUUGCCGCAAUUGUAAAGAUGGCGGUGAAUUAUUAUGCUGUGACAGUUGCACAAGUGCAUAUCACAUUCAUUGUUUAAAUCCUCCACUAUCAGAAAUACCCGAUGGCGAUUGGAAAUGUCCACGUUGUUCGUGUCCACCAAUUUAUGGUAAAGUACAAAAAAUUCUCACAUGGAAAUGGAAGGAAUGUACCGAAACACCAUCAGAGGAGCCAUCAACAAGUAAAGCCGCACCUAAACAUCACAAAACACGUGAAUAUUUUGUUAAAUGGUCCGAAAUGUCAUAUUGGCAUUGCGAUUGGAUAUCUGAAUUACAACUCGAUGUUUUUCAUCCUUUAAUGUUUAGAAAUUACAUUAGAAAAUAUGAUAUGGAUGAGCCACCAAAACUUGAGGAGCCAUUGGACGAGAGUGAUACACGUUAUAAACGAUUACAAUUACAAGAGGGACAAAAUCAACGUGAUGAAUUUAAUCUUGAGGAACGUUAUUAUAGAUACGGUGUACGUCCCGAAUGGUUAAUUGUACAUCGUGUUAUAAAUCAUCGUUUACAACGUGAUGGUCGUGCAACGUAUCUUGUAAAAUGGAGAGAAUUGGGUUACGAUCAAGCGACAUGGGAGGAGGAUAAUGAUGAUAUUCCCGGUUUAAAGCAAGCGGUUGAGUAUUAUUUAGAUUUGAGAAAUGCAAUUUGUGGCGAUGGUUCAUCAUCAUCGCGUAAAGGUAAAAAAGGAAAGGGGAAAAAAUCGAAAACAAGGGAAAUAAUUGACGAUGAAGAAAAAGCGCCAAAGCGUUAUACACCACCGCCCGAUAAGCCAACAACUGAUUUAAAGAAAAAAUAUGAACGUCAACCGGAAUAUUUAGAUCAAACGGGAAUGCAACUUCAUCAUUAUCAAUUGGAGGGUUUAAAUUGGUUGAGGUAUUCAUGGGGACAGGGUAUUGAUACAAUUCUUGCCGAUGAAAUGGGUUUGGGUAAAACAAUUCAAACAAUAACUUUUCUUUAUUCUUUGUAUAAAGAAGGUCACUGUAAGGGGCCAUUUUUAGUAUCGGUUCCACUAUCGACGAUUAUUAAUUGGGAGAGGGAAUUUGAAACAUGGGCACCUGAUUUCUAUUGUGUUACAUAUGUAGGCGAUAAAGAUUCACGUAUAGUGAUACGUGAAAAUGAAUUGGCUUUUGAGGAGAAUGCAACACGUGGUGGACGUGCAACAAAAAUUCGUUCGGCAAAUAUUAAAUUUAAUGUAUUAUUGACGAGUUAUGAAUUAAUUUCAAUUGAUUCAGCGUGUUUGGGUUCUAUUGAUUGGGCAGUAUUGGUUGUCGAUGAGGCACAUCGUUUAAAAUCAAAUCAAUCGAAAUUCUUUCGUCUAUUGGCUUCAUAUAAUAUUGCCUAUAAAUUAUUAUUAACUGGUACACCAUUGCAAAAUAAUUUAGAGGAAUUGUUUCAUUUAUUAAAUUUCUUGUGUCGUGAUAAAUUCAAUGAUUUGUCAGCUUUUCAGAAUGAAUUCGCCGAUAUUUCAAAGGAGGAACAAGUUAAAAAACUUCAUGAAAUGUUGGGACCUCAUAUGCUGAGAAGAUUGAAGGCAGAUGUAUUGAAAAAUAUGCCAAGUAAAUCAGAAUUUAUUGUAAGAGUUGAAUUAUCACCGAUGCAAAAGAAAUAUUAUAAAUAUAUAUUGACGAGAAAUUAUGAGGCAUUAAAUCCAAAAGGUGGUGGACAACAGGUGUCAUUAUUAAAUAUUAUGAUGGAUUUAAAGAAAUGUUGUAAUCAUCCAUAUUUGUUUCCGGCGGCGUCACAAGAAGCGCCAACGGGACCAAAUGGUAAUUAUGAAACAUCGGCGUUAAUAAAAGCGGCUGGUAAACUUGUAUUGUUGAGUAGAAUGUUGAAAAAAUUACGUGACGAUGGACAUCGUGUAUUGAUAUUUUCGCAAAUGACAAAAAUGUUGGAUAUACUUGAGGAUUAUUUGGAGGGCGAGGGUUAUAAGUAUGAGAGAAUUGAUGGUAAUAUUACUGGUACACAGAGACAAGAGGCUAUUGAUAGAUUUAAUGCACCAGGUGCUCAGCAAUUUGUGUUUUUAUUAUCGACACGUGCCGGUGGUUUAGGUAUCAAUUUAGCAACGGCUGACACUGUGAUAAUUUAUGAUUCCGAUUGGAAUCCACACAAUGAUAUUCAAGCUUUUAGUAGAGCGCAUCGUAUUGGACAGGCGAAUAAAGUGAUGAUCUAUCGUUUUGUCACGCGUAAUUCAGUUGAGGAACGUGUCACACAAGUUGCUAAACGUAAAAUGAUGUUGACACAUUUGGUGGUACGUCCGGGUAUGGGUGGAAAGGGUACGAAUUUCAGUAAACAGGAGUUGGAUGAUAUUUUGAGAUUUGGAACGGAGGAAUUGUUUAAAGAAGAAGAGGGCAAGGAGGAUGAGGCUAUUCAUUAUGAUGAUAAGGCGGUUUCUGAAUUACUUGACAGAAGUAAAGAGGGUAUCGAGCAAAAGGAGAAUUGGGCAAAUGAAUACUUAAGCUCGUUUAAAGUUGCCUCUUAUGUGACGAAGGAAGGUGAAAUUGAAGAGGAGGCCGAUACGGAAAUUAUAAAACAGGAAGCUGAAAAUACAGAUCCGGCGUAUUGGAUUAAAUUAUUGAGGCAUCAUUAUGAACAGCAACAGGAGGAUAUUGCACGAACACUUGGUAAGGGUAAACGUGUUCGUAAGCAGGUGAAUUAUAAUGAUGGCGGUGUGACGGGCGAUCAAGGUGCAAGGGACGAUCAGCCAUGGCAGGAGAAUCUUUCGGAUUAUAAUAGCGAUUUUAGUGCGCCAAGUGAUGACGAUAAGGAGGAUGAUGAUUUUGAUGAGAAGGGCGAAGGUGAUUUAUUGUCGCGACGAAGUAGACGUCGUCUUGAGAGACGUGAUGAAAAGGAUCGACCAUUGCCACCGUUACUUGCGCGUGUCAAUGGAAAUAUUGAGGUUCUUGGAUUUAAUGCGAGGCAAAGAAAGGCAUUUCUCAAUGCAAUUAUGCGUUAUGGAAUGCCACCGCAGGAUGCAUUUAAUUCACAAUGGUUGGUGAGGGAUUUACGUGGGAAAUCGGAGAAGAAUUUCAAGGCAUACGUGUCAUUAUUUAUGCGUCAUCUUUGUGAGCCUGGCGCUGAUAAUGCGGAAACAUUUGCCGAUGGUGUACCACGUGAGGGUUUGAGUCGUCAGCAUGUGUUGACGAGAAUUGGUGUUAUGUCACUUAUUAGAAAGAAGGUACAGGAAUUUGAGCAUAUUAAUGGUUAUUAUUCAAUGCCGGAAAUGAUUAGAAAACCAGUGGAACCGGUGAAAGCUGGAGCAGCUGGUGCUGCAGCGGCGGCGGCGGCUGCUGCUGCUGCUGCUGCUGCUACUACUACUACUGCCGCUACUGCAACAGCAGCAGCAGCAGGAGAAACAGGAGAUGCAACAACUGGAACGAGUAGCACCAGUGCAACACCCGCUACUUCCAAUGCUCCAAGUCCAAGUCCGGCUGCAACACCAACUCCAAAUAAUGCCACUCAGGCUGUUAAUAAUGAUACGAGCAAAAUGGACACAUCGGAGAUUAAAGACACAAAGGAGGAGGCCAACGAUAAAAAGACGACUGAAACAAAGGACGUAAAGGAGGAAGAUAAGGAAACAAAAGAAGCCAAGGACGAUGAAGAAACAUCUGGCGAGAAAGAUAAAGAGAAAGAAAAGGAGAAGGAUAAAGAAAGUGCGGAUGUUAAAAAGGAAAAUGAAGACACUGAAAUGGAAACAAAUGACAAAGAUUCUAAGGAUAAGGAUAAAGAAAAGGAGAAAUCAGAGAAUGUAAAGGAUGAAAAAUCACCAGUGAAACCAGAGGAGAAAACCGAGAAUUCUGAUGCUAAACCCAAAGUGGAAACUGAGGAGGAUGUUGUUAUUGUGAAAGACGAUGAAGAUGAGAAUGAAAAGAAAGAAGAUAAAGAUUCUAAAGAAAAGGACACAAAAGACAGUGAAGCGGAAGUAAAGCCGAAACGCAAAUUCAUGUUUAAUAUUGCCGAUGGUGGAUUUACAGAAUUACACACUUUGUGGUUGAAUGAGGAGAAAGCUGCUGUACCUGGACGUGAAUAUGAAAUUUGGCAUCGAAGACAUGAUUAUUGGCUUCUCGCUGGAAUUGUCACGCACGGUUAUGGACGUUGGCAAGAUAUUCAAAAUGAUAUAAGAUUCGCGAUUAUCAAUGAGCCCUUUAAGAUGGAUGUUGGUAAAGGUAACUUCCUUGAAAUUAAGAACAAGUUCCUUGCCAGACGUUUCAAACUUUUAGAGCAAGCUUUGGUAAUUGAAGAACAACUGAGACGAGCCGCGUAUUUGAAUUUAACUCAAGAUCCAAAUCAUCCAGCAAUGAGUUUGAAUGCGAGGUUCGCUGAAGUUGAAUGUCUUGCCGAGUCUCAUCAACAUCUCAGCAAGGAGAGUCUUGCUGGCAAUAAACCUGCGAACGCUGUCCUUCAUAAGGUGCUAAAUCAAUUGGAGGAAUUACUCUCUGACAUGAAAUCAGAUGUGAGUCGAUUGCCAGCAACUUUAGCGAGAAUUCCACCAGUUGCUCAACGUCUUCAAAUGUCGGAACGUUCAAUAUUGAGCCGUUUAGCUGCAACGGCACCAGGCGGUAGUAAUACACAAUCUGGACAAGCGGCUUUAUUGGCUCAACAAUUCCCAGCUGGUUUUCCCAGUGGACAAUUACCAGCCUCUUUUGCCGGUGCAGCUAACUUUGGUAAUUUUAGGCCAAAUUACGCUGUUCCAGGUCAAGCACCACAAGGUUUUACGGCUUGAACUUAUUUAUCGGAGCAGCAGCAACAGCAGCUCAAAAGAGGAAAAAAAAACUCAAUGGCGCAAACGACAUUCCCACCUGAAUAAAAAUGCGCUGUAAUAUUAUUUUUCGUAAAUUACAAUUUCUAGCUGAAUUUUCACUAGAUAAGGAUCUAAGGUUAAUUAAGCAUAAAAAAAAAUUAAUUAAUUAAUAAUAAUAAUUAAUAAAUCGCUAAUUAUAAUAUCGUAUGCUAAGAAAAUGAAGGAAUCACAUACAUUUCUUGUAUUUAUUAUGUGUACAUUCGUCGUCCGAGAAAAGCGUGAUUAUCAUGUUUUUUGUUUUUGUUUGUCUUUUUUUUUGUAUCGGAUUUAAAGGCGGGUUCGUUAAAAUGCAGAGAGGAUCGCGUUUUUUUUUUUAUAUAUAUCCUUUUGGACAUUCGACGUCUGCAUUAAUACAUAAAUAAUUCUAACGAUAGCAACAAUUAUAAUAUAAUUAAGAAACAUUUUACUUAAAUUUAUUUAAGAAAAAGAAGAAAAACAAAAAUCUCGCACAUUUAUAUUCGUUGGGACUUGUCAAGUUAAAUCGAAUUUAUUAAUCGAAUGAUCUGUUGAUAAUAAUAAUUUAUUCAUUGAUUUUCAAUAGUUGGUUUUUUUUUUUUUUGCCAUUUUGAAAGUGUGGCAAAAGUUUGCGUUGCUUAUUUUAUUUAUUUUUUUUUUCUAAUGUAAAAGAAUUGCCUUGAAUAAUUUUAAUUAAGACUGAUGCUUUAUUAAAGCAUUGAAUCAAAUUUUAAUUUUACGUCCUGCAACGAAACAGAAAGCACAUUAGUUUUUUUCUUGUGCUCUAAAAUUUAAAGUGUCGAGAAUGGAUAUUAAAAAUACACAUUACACACACACACACACACGUAAAUGGGAAAUUUUUUUUUUUUUUGCUCUUUUGGGAAGAGCAAAAGAAAAUAGGAAUAAGUUUUUAAAAAUCUUCUUUUUUUUUAUGGAGAGGAUUUAGCUUGCAUUUGUGAGAGAGCAUCACUAUUAGUGUUUUUAUUUUUUUUUUGUCCUUUUUUUUUUAACUGAAUGUCGGGCGAAAAAAAAAACUUUGCAAGUAAUUUUUGAUGAAUAUUAAUAAUAACAGGUAAAUAAAAAAAAAUAAAUAAAUAAAAUAAGUCUGGAAACAAUUUUUCAAAUGCUUUAUAAGGCGCAAAUUAUUUCUCUGUAAUAUGUAAAGUUAUAAUACAAAUGGUAAAGGGGAUUUUUUAUGACAUUUCUAUUUACACCUUUUUCGAAUGGCUUCAUUCAUAUAAAUAUAUAUAUUAUAGUCUAAUAUUUGUUCUUGAGCAAAAUGCAGCGAUAUUCGUACAUGUAUCUAGAUUAUUCGGUGCGCUCUGACUUAAUUUUUAUUUCACAUCUACCAAACUCUGUACAUACACAAUGUGUUGCACUGAAAACUCUGAAAUAUAAAUGUUAAACUGAAAAUAA